GUCAAUUCAAAGCUGGUCGACGUGCGUUCGAGACGGGCUAAUGAUCCUUGCGAAUUGCUUUGAAAAUAAGAAGAAUCGCUUUAGUUAGGAAAUUUAUUUCGCUGUAACAUUAGAUAAUAUUACUUCCAUUAAGUUGUUUAGGGUCUAAGGAAAUAAUAUCCGACGCUGCGUUAAGUAUCCAAGACUUGACGUAGUGCCCUUUUAGGAACGUUUCUCGAAAGUGUUUACGUUUGGAUUUGAAGACAUGCAAUAUUUGGAAGAAGGCGAGAAAUUGGCGGACAAGAGGCCAUGCGCUGUGCUCCGAGCCGACCUCAAGAUGUGCCUGAUUGAAAGCGACUGCUGCAAAAAACAUAGGAAGACCCCGAGGGACUGUCUGAAGGACGACUCGAUACCCGACCAAUGCAAACAACUGCGUUUUUCCUUCUUCGAGUGCAAACGAUCCAUACUUGAUGCUAGAACGCGGUUCAGAGGUCGAAAGGGCUCAUAGUUCGGUGGAAUUCCAAGCUCUUUUUUAGGUGUAAAUAAAAGUUUAGCGUUUAUAAAGAGUUCUUCAUCAAAAAAAAAAAAAAACAAUAGUUGAAACUUUAUUAUAUCAAAUAUAUAAAAAAACUUAACAAACAUUU